AACAGCUAUUAUCAACCGCCACGCUCAGAGAAAGAGAGAGAGAGAGAGAGAAGGAGGGUGAGAGGGACGUACCCUCCGACAUUUUCUCUAUUCUUUAAGCGAAGGCUUUCUUCUUCUUUUUCUUCUAUUCAGAUCUCUCUCUGAGUAUUCGAUACCUAGCUAGGGUUUUCUCUGUCUCUCUCCACUCUCAUUUCUCAUUUAUAUGAUUUCAAUGUGCUAGAGAGAGCCAAUCGCUCUCCCUUUCACGCCAAGAGCUUGACAGUUUCGAGCCGAUUCGAGGGGCCAAAAAUGGUGGCUUCCGAGCCGAUCACGCCGGGGCAGGUGUCGUUUUUGCUUGGAAUAAUCCCAAUUUUCGUCGCAUGGAUAUAUUCAGAGUUCCUUGAAUAUCAGAAAUCUUCACACCAUUCUAAAGUUCAUUCAGACAUUAAUCUGGUUGAACUGGGAAAGGAGACAGUCAAAGAAGAUGAUCGGGCUGCUUUGCUGGAAGGAGGCCUCACAAGAUCAGCAUCUAUGAAGAUUUAUAGUUCAUCCAUUAAAGCGAAUUUAAUUAGGUUUCUGACCAUGGAUGACACUUUCUUGCUAGAAAAUAGAGCAACUUUGAGAGCAAUGUCUGAGUUUGGGGCAAUUCUACUGUAUUUCUACAUAUGUGAUCGCACAAAUAUACUGGGAGAGUCUACAAAGAAUUACAAUCGCGAUCUUUUCCUCUUUCUCUACGUUCUUUUGAUCAUAGUUUCAGCAAUGACUUCUUUGAAGAAACAUAAUGAUGUGUCAUCAUUCUCUGGAAAAUCCAUACUUUACCUUAAUCGGCAUCAAACUGAGGAGUGGAAAGGAUGGAUGCAGGUCCUGUUUCUAAUGUACCAUUACUUUGCUGCAACAGAGAUAUACAAUGCAAUACGUGUCUUUAUUGCUGCAUAUGUUUGGAUGACUGGAUUUGGCAACUUCUCCUAUUAUUACAUUAGAAAGGAUUUUAGUGUUGCACGCUUUGCACAGAUGAUGUGGCGGCUAAAUUUCUUUGUGGCAUUUUGCUGCAUUGUUCUGAACAAUGACUAUAUGCUGUACUAUAUCUGCCCAAUGCACACGCUUUUCACUGUAAUGGUGUAUGGAGCCCUUGGGAUUUUUAGCAAGUAUAAUGAGAUUCGCUCAGUGAUGGCUGUGAAGAUUCUUUCAUGCUUUCUUGUGGUUAUCUUGAUUUGGGAAAUUCCUGGAGUUUUUGAAGUAUUCUGGAGUCCACUAGCUUUCAUUUUAGGAUAUACUGAUCCUGCAAAACCGGAUCUCCCUCGACUGCAUGAGUGGCAUUUCAGAUCUGGACUUGACCGCUAUAUAUGGAUCAUUGGGAUGAUAUAUGCGUAUUACCACCCCACUGUUGAGAAAUGGAUGGAGAAAUUGGAGGAAUGUGAAACCAAGAGGAGAGUCUCGAUCAAAGCAAGCGUUGCUUCGAUUGCUAUAUUUGUUGGCUAUUUGUGGUAUGAAUAUAUUUACAAGCUGGACAAGGUUACAUACAACAAAUACCAUCCCUAUACAUCAUGGAUUCCCAUAACUGUUUAUAUUUGCUUGCGGAAUUUCAGUCAGCAGAUUCGGAGUUUCUCUUUAACUCUCUUUGCGUUUCUUGGCAAGAUAACUUUGGAGACCUAUAUUUCUCAGUUCCAUAUCUGGUUGAGGUCAAACACACCUAAUGGGCAGCCUAAGUGGCUUCUUUCUAUUAUCCCAGAAUAUCCGAUGCUUAACUUCAUGCUCACUAGCGCCAUUUAUACCCUUGUAUCUCUUAGGCUUUUUGAAUUAACCAAUACACUGAAGACAGUUUUCGUACCCACAAAAGACAACCGACGGCUGCUGUAUAAUUUUCUUGCCGGGGCUGCCAUUUUUCUGUGUUUGUACUUCUUCUCACUCAUUCUUCUUCAGAUCCCUCAUUCAGCGGCCUGAGAAGUCAAUACCUAGAAAGAGUUGCAUAGAUGUUUCCUGUUGUAUGUGCAAAAAAAUAUGUAGAUGGGGGAGUUAAAUAAGGGGAUUUUGGAAGAUGGUGCUUGCAAAUACCACCGCUUAAAGCAAAUAUUCCAAAGGUGCGGAAGAGACUUGCCCUCAUUGUUGCAUUAGAGCUGUAACAGAAGUUCAAUAUGCAUUGCAAGUGUGGCAGAGGGCAGGAAAUGACAGGAAAUAUAUAUAUUUUUUUUGUAAUAUUGCAGAUUUCCACGUAUCAAUUCUUUCUCUCCCCCCCUUUUUUUUUUUUUUUUUUUA